GCCCCGUAGGCGCCGCCAUGAUGGCUUCCACUCACAUCUACGACGUGUCGGGGGCCAUGGCGGCCCGUAAGAUGGGUGGAGGGCAGGAGUCUCAGGGCGUGGAGGUGGCGCUGGCCCCCGAGGAGCUGGAGCUCGACCCCAUGGCCAUGACGCAGAAGUACGAGGAGCACGUCCGAGAGCAGCAGGCGCAGGUGGAGAAGGAGGACUUCAGCGACAUGGUGGCCGAGCACGCCGCCAAACAGAAGCAAAAAAAGAGGAAGGCCCAGCCGCAGGACACGAGAGGCGGCGCCAAGAAAUACAAAGAGUUCAAGUUCUAGAGCGAGACGACACGGCGCCGCGAGAGACCAAGCCACCACGGGAACCGAAUGAGGAAGUGCUGUUCUCAGAUUUUAACUCCGGAGGAUGUAAACAUCGAUCAUCUGUCAGACCAGUAACUGUUCACACAGUUUUGUUCCUUUUUUUAAAACUAUAAAUAGAUGAUUCAUGGCGUAAGUCACAUGGUGUUUCCUGUUUGACCCUACGUCUUUUUUCAUUGUAUCCAUUUUUUUCUGUUUUUUUUGUAAAUAAACGAAUGAUAACAAGCGUUCA